CAGUAAUAAAUAUGGCUGGCUGUGUUUUGGUAUAGCGGUAACCAGCGGUAACCUCAUGUGAAAUAAGUUAUAAAUAUAUACUCUAAAAAAAAUAGAUUAAUAUGAUAUCCUAUACUAGUACGUUUAUUUUCAAAGUUCAAUUUAGUUUAUGUUCAGUGUUUAGUAAACUACGUAUUAUAGGAGGACGACGAACAGUAAUAACAGCUGCUGUGAAAGAGGUUCAAGAUAUAGAUAUCGCACCUUUUCGUGUAUUGGAAUCAUAUCCCCCGAACCAUAAUGCACGUCAUUUAAAUCGAAUUUACACAGUGCCGUCAGAUGUUACAAAAUUAUUAAGAAAUGAACUACCAAAGGAAACAGUAAAGAGAGUUGACAUUUUUAGAGAAUUUGGCAUUCUGGUUAGAAAACCUGCAAUUGAAUUAAUAUCAUAUCUGGAACAAACAGAUUAUACAAAACCUGUAAACAGAUAUGUCUUAUAUGGUAAAACUGGUGUAGGAAAAUCAACAACAUUGGUGCAUUUAGUUCAUUAUGGUCUUGCAAGACAGUUUAUUGUUAUUCAUUUACCAUGGAUUUGCAAUUGGUACAAGUUCCCAAAGGAUAUUGCAGAAUCUCCCCUGAUACCAGGUCAAUUAGAUUUACCUCAAAAUGCAGCAAUAUGGUUAAAAUAUUUUUCUACUUUAAAUCAAUUAACAUUAUCAAAAUUUGAUCUAAAAGUUUCUAAGGAUUAUAACUGGUCUCAACGAGAAAGUACAAAAGCUGGAGAGUCACUUAUUAGUCUUAUUGAAUUUGGAAUACAGCGAACUAAAUUUGCUUGUGGAGUUGUCAGUGCAUUAAUAGAUGAACUUAAGGCAGCUAGUACAGCAGGAAAAUGUAGAACACUAGUUGUUAUAGAUGGUUUUAAUUCAUUUAUUUCUAAUUCUACAUCAAUACGUGAUGAAACACGUAAAUAUGUACCACCUGAAAGGAUAUCAUUAACAGCACCAUUUUAUAAUAGUGCAGAGUAUAAUUGGUGUAAUGGUGCUGUAAUUUUGUCAGUGGAUAUAAGAGCAACUAGGGAUAGAACAGAAUCUAUUUAUCCAAAAUAUUUACUUGAUAAAAAGGGAUUUGAGCAUUUAGAUCCUUUUCUCCCUAUGAAUGUUGAAAAUUAUACUGUAGAUGAGUUCAAAAAUAUUGUAGAAUACUAUGAAGACCGAAAAUGGAUUAGAAAAUUUAGUCCUCAAGGACAAAGAGAAAUAGAAUUAUUAACUAACAAAAAUCCACUCGAUGUCUGGGUUCGUUGUAAACCAUUAUAGGAUAUAUUGUUUAUAAAUAAACAUUAUUACUAAGAAAUUUA